CCGACCUCCCUACAAAAUCUCCAUCUUGGUGACAUGAGGACUCUAGUGUCUCUCUCAAAGCUCACCUCCCUCCACGAAUUAUCCAUCUGGGGGCGUCCGCGUCUAGGAGCUAAAAAACUCAGCUUGUGGCCUCUCCUCACCCAAGGUUGCCUUACCAAGCUAUCACUCUGGGGUAAACCCGAUUGCUUCCUUGGCCCUGACCCUAAGGCCUCAUGGUCACAUCAGCAAGGGCUUCGAUCAAAAUUGGGUUCCCUCGAGACGGGUGACGUCAGAAUAGUCCUUGCUAUGCCCAUCUGCAGCCUCCUCUCUUCCUCCCUCACCAAACUAGACUUUUCAGAUGAUAAGGUGGAGUGCUUUACAGAGAAGGAAAAGGCUCUUCAGCUCCUCACCUCCCUCCAGCACCUCAUAUUCUGGAAAUGCAGCAAGCUGCAGUUCGUCCCUGCUGGGCUACACGUGCUCCCCAACCUCAAGAUACUAGAGAUAAGUAAUUGUGAAAGCAUCACAUCGCUGCCUAAAGACGGCCUCCCGAGUUCACUGCAACGAUUGGGCAUCCGGAACUGUCCUGCCAUAAAGUCGCUGCCCAAGGAGGCCCUCCCAAGGUCACUGCAAGAACUAGAAAUCUCAUCCUGUCCAGCCAUCCUCCAGUCACUGCACAAGGACAGUAUUCCAAGCUCACUGCGAGAAUUGGACGUCAGUAACCACGAGUGGAAGGACCGAAUGCGGUUCAGCAGGUUAAAAGGAACCAUUCCAAUAUUGAGAACCUGAAGGGCUCUUCUUGGAAUUGCACAUUAUUCUGGUGUCACACGAUUCGCUCUGCAUCCAUCAAUGGUUCCGAGUUCGCAAGCAUGUACCGUUCCACCACGUACAUAAAACUGGAUUGUUCUGAUGACUGGCACUCAACUCAUGCAACAACGCAGUUCAGCCUUUGUCACCUCCUAGGUCCGUGGAGUCAAACCCAGCUUGGAGUUGGAGAUCAUGGCUCAUGAAGACAUUUGUUUGACUCCCAACUGAUGAAGACACGCCUUGAUUCCCAACAAAUCUUGGCACCUGGCUCUUGAAAUCAUGACCCAUGAGAUCCGGGAGAAUUGUGACUAGCUCCAGAGAAUUGUGACUAGCUCCAGAAUUGUAACUAGCGAACCUGAAAAAUAGAGAAAGCAAAUGACCAUGAUGCUGCAUAUACCUAUAUGUAAUCCUCACUGAGUAACUCAGUUCAUCCACUCAUAAUACAAUACAUUCAAAAGGGCGACCCCUCAGAAGCUUAUGCUGCUAAGGGGUCGUCGACUGGACGUAAGGUGCCUUAUGGCCCUGAACCAGUAUAAAUCC